AUGAACGAAGCUCGUGAGUCCGCAGUGGGCGACACACCUCCAGUAUUCAACAUCGACUUGUCAUUGCCCCCCUCUGAGCGUUAUGUGGAGCUCGCUAGCCUGUACCGAGACCGAAUGCGAUCUCUGCGAGGCAUGUUCGACGAGCUGGUCCGAUCAAUAUCCCCAAAGAUCCCCCUGAAUCUAGUCCACAUGCUUGCCCGCUCAUUCUUACGCAAACUAUACAUCGAUGAAGAAACAGAAGAGCUUCGCAGUAUCAGCCGCGUCACGGACAUCGAUAUGUACCUCUUAAUCAGUCUGAACACCGUCCUCGAUCUACUGAUGGGCUGCACGAGCGGUGGCGUACGCACCAAAGAUGGACUCGGGACGACAAUGCUCCAUUUCCGGACUUUGGAUUGGGGAAUGGACCCGUUGCGUGACCUGAUUGUUCAACUUGAGUUUAGGCGGGGAGCAGACCCGACGCUGCUUGCAACGACAGUCACUUACGUUGGAUAUGUGGGUGUUCUUACGGGUGUUAGAAAGGGUCUCAGUGCCUCACUUAAUUUCCGGCCUGUCCAUGAUACGUCGAAGAAUUGGGCUUUCUAUUCUAAUCAUCUUCUCGUGCUUCUUGGGAUGCGGCAGUCUAUAUCAUCGCUGCUGCGAGAGUGUAUCUUCUCUUUCCCGGCUGGUUCCCAGUCUGAGAGCAAGAAAUUAUCGACACUGGAAAGCAUCGUUGCAAAUGUUCCCGGUAUGCCCACCACGGCCGCGUACUUUAUCUUCAGCAAUGGGACAACCACAGUGACGAUGGAGAAAGAUUACCGCAAAGCAAUCGUGCGCUCCUCGUCAUCAUUCAUCGUAACUACAAAUCACGACCAGCAGUCUGAAGCUUCUCUCAAAGCUAUUGCCGAAGACAAAAGACAGAACCAUGCAGGUCUAACAUUGGUCUCAGGUGGCAUUGAGGCCAUGGCGGACCUGAUUGAAGACAGCAAUGAGAGACGUGACUGCAUACAAUCGAAAUGGGACAAGAAAAUGAAGAAGCAUGUGCAAGUCCGAGAAAGGGCUGAAAGGCAGAAAGCAGAGCAGAAUCAGGCGCAUCAGCCACAAGGAACAAGAUCAUCGCUGCGCCUGAGACUGAAACAGGAAGAGGAAGCCGAAAUGGAGCAAAAACGGGGUUCUAUGUCCCAUUCUGAUGAGAAUGACUUGGCCAUCACGCAAACAGAAGCAAUAUCGUGGCUCACGACUUACCCAGUUCUGAAUGAAGAAACUCAUUACGCUACUAUCAUGGACCCAUCUGAAGGAAGAGUUGUCUGGGUGAAGCGAUAUGAUCCAAGUGAGUGGAAGGGUUGA